ACGACAAAUGUCAAAUCUCAAUGACACAUGUUUAAAACAGGUUAUGUCAACAUAUUGUGUCAAAAAUUUCAUCAUAAGCCACGAAAAUGUCUAAGAAACGUGGAAAUAAGAAAGGAAAAAACCUCGAUGACGAUUUUGAAGAAAAUUUAAGUGUGGAAAAUGAUACGAAUAACAUAAACUCGAAAUCUAAUAAAACUAAACCAGUGAAGAAAGGCAAAAAGGGAAAGAAAGAUGAUGAUUGGAGUGACAAUGAAGCUAACGACACAAAAACUGUCCCAGAAACUAAGAAAACAGAAAACGUACAGCAACCGGUGUCAAAAAAGAAAGCUGGCAAAAAAGGAAAGGCAAAUAAAAAGGAUGAUGAUUUUUCCGACAAAGAAGAUGACAUUGACAUUCAUUUAUCCGAUGGUGAAUCAGAACCUCUUCCAGCACCUGCAAAGAAAUCCCUUAAGAAGAAUAAGAAGAAACAAGGCAGCGGGGAUGAAUCUGAUGACGAUAUACCUCAACCUGCGAAGAAAGGAGGCAAAAAUAAAAAUAAGAAGCCAGUUAGUGACAAGGAAUCUGAAGAUGAAAUUAAUCAAAAAAGCGAUGUGGAACCUGAAAAAGAUAUACCUGCCCCAGUUAAAAAAGGCGGAAAGAAUAAGAAAGGGAAGAAGCAGGAUAAUGAGUUUAUUUCUGAUGAUGAAGUGACAAUACCGGCAAAGAAAGGAGGAAAGAAUAAGAAAGAGAAGAAGUCAAAAGACGAAGAUUUGAGCGCAGAAGAGGUAGAUGAUGACAUCGGGGAUACCAAACCGAAAGCUAACAUAUAUGCACAACUGUUGGAUGAUGAAGAAAAUGAUGAUUCCUCCGAAGACAAAAGUGUCAAAAAUGAUUUUAAACAUGAACAAAAUGGAGAAAAGGCUUCUCAAGUAAAAACAGCAGAGAUAGAGAAAUUAGCUAUUACUAAAAUUUCAGAACCUGAUGAAAAAGCUGCCGAGGAAGUAAAAGAGAAAAAGUUAACUCACAAGGAAAAGAAGAAAAUGAAGAAGAUGCAGGAAUACGAGAAACAAAUGGAAACUAUGUUGAAAAAAGGAGGCCAAGGACAUUCAGAAUUAGACAGUAACUUCACCGUUUCACAGGCUCAAAAAAGUGCCGGCCAAAUAGCAGCCCUAGAAAACGCCGUAGACAUUAAAAUUGAAAACUUCAGUAUAUCAGCAAAAGGAAACGAUUUGUUUGUUAACGCUAAUUUGUUAAUUGCUCAAGGGAGACAUUACGGUCUUGUAGGACCUAACGGUCAUGGUAAAACAACCUUAUUGAGGCACAUCGCUCAAAAGGCGUUUGCAAUUCCUCCAAACAUUGACAUUCUUUACUGCGAACAAGAAGUAGUGGCGGACGAUAACUCUGCCGUUGAAACGGUUUUAGCAGCCGACGUCAAAAGAACAGAACUGUUGAAAGAAUGUAAGAAACUGGAAGAGACAUUCAAUGGCGGUGACUUGGAAGUGCAGGAUAAGCUGAAUGAGGUCUAUGCCGAGCUCAAAGCUAUCGGCGCUGACUCUGCGGAGCCGAGGGCGAGGAGAAUCCUGGCCGGUCUUGGAUUUGAUAAAGAAAUGCAGGACCGUGCAACCAAAAACUUCUCUGGUGGUUGGAGAAUGAGGGUUUCCCUCGCCAGAGCGUUGUAUAUCGAACCCACCCUCCUACUACUCGAUGAACCUACCAACCACUUAGAUCUUAACGCCGUUAUAUGGUUAGAUAAUUACUUACAAGGCUGGAAAAAGACUUUGCUCAUCGUUUCCCACGACCAAUCUUUCUUAGAUAAUGUAUGUAACGAAAUCAUCCACUUAGACAACAAGAAAUUGUACUACUACAAGGGGAAUUACUCGAUGUUUAAAAAGAUGCACGUGCAGAAGAAGAAAGAGAUGAUCAAGGAGUACGAGAAGCAAGAAAAGAGACUGAAAGAAUUGAAGUCUUCUGGUUCUUCUAAAAAGCAAGCAGAGAAGAAGCAGAAAGAAGCACUCACUAGGAAACAAGAGAAGAAUAGGUCGAAGAUGCAGAAACAAGAAGAGGACGUUACUCAGACUGAGUUGCUGCAGAGACCCAAGGAUUAUUUGGUCAAGUUUCGAUUUCCAGAACCGCCUCCACUGCAACCACCAGUUUUGGGAUUACAUAACGUUACUUUUGCAUACUCGGGCCAAAAACCUCUAUUCGUGGAGACAGACUUCGGCAUCGAUAUGAACAGCAGAGUAGCCAUCGUAGGACCAAACGGGGUUGGAAAAUCUACAUUCUUAAAGCUCCUGACCGGCGAUCUCAGUCCGCUAAAGGGAGAGAAUAGGAAAAACCACAGACUGAGAAUAGGAAGAUUCGACCAGCACUCUGGCGAGCACUUAACUGCGGAGGAGACUCCUUCAGAGUAUCUGAUGAGAUUAUUCGACUUACCUUAUGAGAAAGCUAGGAAGCAAUUGGGCACCUUCGGGCUGGCCAGUCACGCUCACACGAUCAAGAUGAAAGACCUCUCUGGAGGGCAGAAGGCUAGGGUAGCCUUGGCCGAGCUGUGCCUUAACGCCCCCGAUGUACUUAUUUUGGAUGAACCUACAAACAACUUAGAUAUUGAAUCGAUCGAUGCAUUGGCAGAGGCAAUAAAUGAGUAUACAGGAGGUGUUAUAAUUGUUUCUCACGACGAACGUCUUAUAAGGGAGACCAGGUGCGCUCUUUACAUAAUCGAGGAUCAAACAAUAAACGAAGUAGACGGAGACUUCGACGAUUACAGGAAAGAACUACUGGAAAGCUUGGGAGAAGUUAUCAACAGCCCGAGUAUAGCGGCCAAUGCCGCGGUCGCUUAGUUAAUCGAAAUUUUUUAAUAGUGAAUAUUGUGUAUCGUGAAAUGGCCUUAUAACAAGUGUAAUAAUAGUUUUUAAAGUGCAUGAGGAUCGGUAAGGACAGUCCAAAAUGUAUUUAUUUUAUUAAUCUGUAUUUUUAUCGAUUUGUGCAGUCUUACGGACGCUCAUGCGUUUUGAGGAUUUUAUUGCAUCAAGUUUUACUAAUUGGUAUAGGUUCAGGUUUUUAUAUUACAGUUGAAUAUUUGAAAUUUUCUCAUCGUGUAUUUUUUGUCAUAUGUUUACAUUUAUUAAAUCCGAAUUGGCAACAGCAA